CGACCUCUUCUUCACAACCUUUACGAUUAUCCUCCCAAUCUCCCUCUCCUUCUCUCUCUGUCCAUUUUUCUCUCUCUAAAACCUCCAUUGUUUCAUUCCUCGCCCACCACCACCGUUUCUCUUUUGUAAAGCUAUGGCUCAGAAAAGGGAGAAAGAGGAGACGGAGCUCAAGGUUCCUGAAACCUUAUCCUUGUGUACGCCGUCGAUACCACCGGCUACGUCUAAGAUACCUGCUUCCGAUGAGCAUAGAUCAUCCCCGGAUAGAUCGGAUCCGAAGAGCGUUGUCGUCGUUGACUCUAGAUCGAGCACCGCUAUCUCGCCGAAAAGGCCGGAUCUGCAUCAGAAACCACGUUUGGCGGCGGUAGAGUCUCCGGAGGAGGAGUCCAACAGGUUUAAACGGCGAGAGGUGAAUCGGUGCUCAGGUUGCCGAAGAAAGGUCGGAUUGAUGGGAUUUAGGUGCCGAUGCGGUGAGAUGUUCUGUUCCGAUCAUCGGUACUCCGAUCGGCAUGACUGUAGCUACGAUUACAAAGCCGCUGGACGAGAGGCGAUCGCUCGUGAAAAUCCGGUGGUUAGAGCAGCGAAAAUCCUCAAAGUCUAAGACAUAAUAUAAACGAUUUCAGAAAAACGACAUCGCUCAAUCAAUCAACACGUUUGCAUCUCAGGCGGUUAUAAAAUAUGGCGCCAAGCUAGGAGAGAGAAAAGGGAGGAAAAGGUUGUUGCGGCCAUUAGAGGCUGCUUACGUCACGUGUUUUCUGCUUAGGUCUGGUUUAUUUUCCGGUUGUCUCCGUCGAAGUAUCGGAGGUUGGAGGUGUUUACCGGUGGGAUGAAGGGUAUGAUGUGAAAAUUUGAUAAAGGGUUGAGGGUAUUGUUGUCAAUUCGAUUUAUUAUGUUAGUGAAACUUUUCUCUUUCUUUUUUCUU